CAUGGAUCAAACGGUGAUCAUCCCAUCGACUCCUCGCGGAAGUAACGUGGACAACGCGAGGAUCACAAUGAAGAACGAGACUGACUCGAAUCUGCAUCUUCAAGAUCAGUCCACCGCUGCCCAUUCCAACUCCACAUCCGUGGUUCCUCGAACGAACUUAUCGAUGACUAACAAUCUGAAUCAGGAUCAAAGUUUAGACCCGCUGAUGUGCAACUCGUCCAGCACGGAGUUACCAAGAAAGCCUGGAGCACGCCGCCAGGAGAAGCCACCCUAUUCGUAUAUAGCACUGAUCGUAAUGGCGAUCCAAUCAAGUCCUGGGAAGAGAUUAACCCUUUCAGAAAUCUACUCAUUUUUACAGCAACAUUUUCCCUUCUUCCGUGGCGCUUAUCAAGGUUGGAAAAACUCAGUACGUCACAAUUUGAGUCUGAACGAGUGUUUUAUCAAGCUUCCAAAAGGCUUAGGAAGACCAGGAAAGGGCCAUUAUUGGACAAUUGAUCCAUCAACAGAGUACAUGUUUGAGGAAGGAAGCUUUCGGCGACGACCGCGGGGUUUCCGUCGCAAGUGUCAAGCUUUGAAACCUCAGUAUCCCCAGUACUUCUCUGGAAGUGGUCCAGUGAGCGUUCAGACACCUGGAUACGAGAAUUUAACACCUGGGGGCAUGGAAUACGCCAAUGGAUAUCAAAAUCAGUAUCAGAAUUAUCAAGAAUACGCGAUGUACGCACCUGGUGCUGCAGUCUCUGCGGAUUGGGCCUAUCCUGAGGCCACGUAUAAGACUCCACCUAUAGCGGAAGUAACAUACAAGACAACGGAAGUCACGUACAAGACUGGAGAACCAUCGGUAUACAGAAACGGAGAAAUAGUGGCGUUUAAAAGUGAACCUGGAUAUGCAGCGAGGAGUCAGGAGCAAUUGUCAUACAGAGCUACGGACGGCUUCUCCGUGAAGGAUCACCAACAGCAUCACCCAGAGACGGUUUAUAAGGAGAAUGAGACUAUGAUGACCUAUAAGUGCCCUUCUAAUCCCGCGCCGACCACUCAAGCACCUGGACAAGAUUAUUACGUCGGUUACGGACUCGCCGGAGUCAAUAAUACUGGAAGUAAUGUGAACGUUACCAUGCAAGGAAUUCCGGAACAGGCUGGUAACAGCAGUCCCGUAGGAAACGUCAGUUCACCGCACAGUGGAUGCCAGACACCUGUAACGGAUAAUGGGAUAAAGAUGCAAUGUUCAAACUCGAAUUCCAACAGUUCUGGAGGUGGACUUAUUGAUCGUAAACCAUCCUACUUUGGCCAUCCCAGCGGAUCAGUUACCCUGAGUUCGUUAAGCUCUCUAGGCUCACUUAACUUGAGCAAUAUCGGUGGUUUGAGUAUAUCAAAUAUACCUGGCACAGUUUCUUCGAACAUUCAUCACACGACGACGGCACCGCCGACGACGAUGUACUAUGAUCAGAUCAAAUACAGUAUGUGA